UGCCAAUAAAUCAGCGCACCCGAAGGACAGCGGCGGCGCGCUCCAGCAUUUGCAGAUUCCUCCUCAAGCGCCUGCGGAUCCUUCCGGCGGGAUGAACACAAACAGUCCCGAGCCCCCGCCGGCGAGCCAAGCGCGGGCUCCCCGCACGCGGCGUUUGAAACUCCCGCCCCGCUGCGCCCAGAGGCGUGCCCGAGCCGCCCCGGGCUGCCCAGCCUCGGCCCGGCAGCGGGCACGGGAACGCCCAGCCCCGUGGGAGCCCCGCCGGGCCCGCUCUGAGCGGCUCCAGAGCGGCGGCCGCUCCGCCCCCCACACCCGAAAAUGGCGCGCGCACGGAAACGCGCCCCGCGGGACGCGGAGCGCGCAGGCGCCGCACUCGCGGAGGCAGCUCUUCCGCCCGCUCCGGCCCGUCCCGCCCCGUCUGCCCCGCCGCGCGGGCAUCGGGAGCUGUCCCAGUACUCAUGGGUAAGAGAAAGAAAGAAGGUGUUCUAACUCCUGGGUCCCAGAAAAGGCAGAGAAAAGAACCCACAGAUGUACUUAGUGAUGACUCUGAUGAAGAAGAAACUUUAGAGUUCUCAGCUAGUAGUGGUGCCCCUUCACAGUCGUCUGAUGGUGAGGUUGGGAUAAUUGAAAGUAUCCAGCUGAAGAACUUCAUGUGCCAUUCAAAUCUGGGGCCUUUUCAGUUUGGAUCAAAUCUCAAUUUUGUUGUUGGAACCAAUGGAAGUGGAAAAAGUUCUGUAUUAACAGCACUAAUUGUUGGACUUGGUGGAAAAGCUACUGCAACUAACAGAGGUUCCUCAUUAAAAAUGUUUAUUCAAAAAGGAGAGACCUCUGCAGAUAUUUCCAUAACUUUGCGAAACCAAGGAAGAGAUGCUUUUAAACCAGAAUUGUAUGGUACCUCUAUUACUGUGAAUCAGCACAUUAAUCAGGAUGGAGGCAGAACUUGGAAAAUGAAAAGCAAAUCCGGCACCAUAAUUUCUUCAAAGAAGGAGGAACUCAUAGGAAUACUGGAUCACUUUAAUAUACAGGUAGAUAAUCCUGUGUCUAUUUUAACCCAAGAGAUGAGUAAACAGUUUUUACAGACCAAAAAUGAAGGGGACAAGUACAAGUUUUUUAUGAAGGCAACUCAACUGGAACAAAUGAAAGAAGAUUAUUCAUUUAUUGGGAAAACUAAAAAAAAUACCCGUGUUCAGAUAGAACAAGGGGAAGAGCGUCUUGAAGAACUUAAGCAGCUUUAUUUGGAAAAGAAGGAAACUUUCAAAAGCAUCGCGUUUGUGAAUGACAUGCAAAAUCGUCUCAAAGAUUUGAAACAUCAAAUGGCGUGGGCAGUGGUGGGUGAGAUGGAAAAGGAAGUAGAGGUGCUCAAAGAAGGUGUCAGAGCUGAAGAAGGAAAUACAGAGCUGCUUCAGAAGGUUGAAGAAUGCCAGGAAAAAUUGAAUGAAGCAGAAAAAAAGUACAAAGCAAUACAAGACAAAUUGAUAACAGUAAGUGAAGAAGCACAAGCCCUUCAUCCUCAGUGUAUUUCUUUGAAGGCUGAAGUGCAGGCAAAAAGAAAAGCAGUCAAUGAAGCUGAGAUCGUUUAUAAUCGCUCCAAAACAGAGUUAAAACGUCUGGGAAAAGACAGGGAACAGCUCCAUAAACGAAUUGAAGAACUGAAAAGCUGUGCUAAUCAGGUUUCAGAGCCUGAGCAAUUGGAAAGACAAAGGAGAAUUACAUACCUAAGGGAACAGUUAAAGGCAUUCCGUGAUGAAGAAAUAAUGAUUGGUCAGCAGUUGGAUCAGUUUCAGCAGGCUAUAUCUAAGUGUAGGGAAGAUCAUUCUAGACUCAGGAGAGAAAGCAGUGAAGUGCAACAAGCACUGGAUGCCCAGCAGAAACAGCUGAGAGACUUGAAAGAUAGUAAAACAAACACUUUGAAAAGAUUUGGACCAUAUGUACCAGCAUUUCUUGAAGCAGUUGAAGUAGCCCAUAAAAAAGGACAGUUUAGAAAGAAACCUCUUGGACCUUUAGGUGCUUUGAUUCAUCCAAAAGAUCCUGAACUGAUCCUGGCUAUUGAGUGCUGUUUAAAAAGUCUUCUUCAGGCAUUUUGCUGUGAUAAUCAUAGCGAUGAAAGAACUCUUCAGUCACUGAUGUCAAAAUAUUAUCCACGUGGACACAGACCUCAGAUAAUUGUAAAUAAAUUUCAGAAUAAAAUUUAUGAUACUAGGCAGAGAGCUGUUCAUCAUCCAGAAUUUCCAACAGUUCUGACAGCAUUGGAAAUAGAAAAUCCAGUGGUUGCCAAUUGUUUGAUUGAUAUGAGGGGUGUAGAAACAGUCCUGCUGAUUAAAGAUAGCCGUAGGGCUCGUGAGAUAAUGCAAUGCAAUCAGCCCCCGAAAAACUGUAGAGAAGCUUUCACUGUUGAAGGUGAUCAAGUAUUUGAACGACGCUAUUACUCUUCCAGUUUGGUCAGGCCCAAGUUCCUAACUCAAGAUGUUGAGGCAGAAAUCGGUCACUUGAAUAAGGAAAUUGAAAACGAACGGGCACAGUUGACAGCCUCUCAGCAACGCUUACGUUCCAUUGAAAAUGAGAUUAAGCAGAAUGAAGAUCAUCUCUAUGGUCAUCGGCGACACCAAAAACAGCUACAGGCAAAAAUAAAAACAGCAAAUGCAGAGAUAGCGGAUCUUGAAAACGUGGAAGAGCACCAGUCAGCAGACAUCCAUGUAUUACAAGACGAAGCUGAAGAAAAUAAGGGUAGGAUGGAAUCUGUGAAACAAGACAUGCAGCUACAAAGCAGAAAAGUGGAAGAACUGAAAAACAGUCUCCAGGCAGCUGAAAAGAAAUUAGAAGAGGUGAAAGAAAAAAUUAAUCAAGUGGAAGAAAUUGCUGGCCCAAUUAAGACUGAAUUAAACCAGGCUGAGUCAGAAGUGGAAAACAGUAAACGCCAUUUGCAGCACUAUGAAGACAAACAGAGAGAACACGUGGCUUGCAUAAAUAAGCACAAAGAUUUACUAGUUUCCAAAGAAAAGGAAUUAGAGGAAAAAAAGGCAAAAGCAAGGCAAAUCUUCUCGGAACCCAUCAGGGUCAGCAGAACUGUUAAAAGUCUUGAUGCAGAAAUGAAUCGCUUGAGAGAGAAGAUAAAUUUAGAAAGCAGUCACCGUGGAAACAGAGAAGAAAUAAUCCAGCAAUUUCAGUAUGCAAAGGAAAGGUACGAGGAUGCAAGCAAUAAAGUAAAGAAUUUACGGAGAUUUAUUGGGGUGCUGGAUGAAGUGAUGGCGGAGAGGCUCAAAGUGUAUCGGCAAUUCUUAAGGAGUCUUUCUAUGCGAUGCAAACUUCACUUUGAGCAUUUAUUACGUGCUCGAGGUUGCUCUGGACGUAUAAUGUUUGAUCACAAGAAUGAGACACUUUCCAUAACAGUUCAGCCUCGAGAGGAAGAAACAGCUGCCCACAGUGAUCUGAGAUCCUUAUCAGGAGGUGAACGUUCCUUCUCCACAGUUUGUUUCAUUCUUUCUCUGUGGAACAUUUCUGAAUCUCCUUUCAGAUGCAUGGAUGAAUUUGAUGUCUACAUGGAUAUGGUUAACAGAAGAAUUGCCGUCGACAUGAUUCUGGAGAGGGCUGAUUUUCAGUGCUAUCGACAGUUCAUUUUGUUCACCCCCCUGAGCAUGAGUUCUCUGCCUACGAGUCCCCAUAUUCACAUCCUCCGCAUGCCAGACCCUCCAAGACACCAAAGAGCACUGACUUUCCAAAAUAGGAAUGACGGAGAUGAAGAUCAAUAAAUAUCUCUGUAUGAAUAUGGUAUUGAGGACAAAUGUGUAAUAAUAUAUGUAAAAGUAUUUCUUCCCGAUCCUGAAAAAGAUGUUAAAUUGUUAGAUACUCUCAGGAAGAUAUUUCUGUAUUGUUAUUAAUUAUUUUUUAAAGGAUUACUGUGUGUGCACAGAAGAAGAAUAAGCACAGUUUGGAUAAGGAGAAAAUUUUGAAUGUUCUGUUGAUAUUUUUAGCUACCAGUUGUAGAAUUUUUUUAUCUGUUGUUCGGAUUUUUCUUCUAAAAAUUUUGAAAUAUAUUUUGUAUAACUAUAAAUAAUAUUUUAAUAAACUGUUUGAACU